AAAAGAGAGAGAGAGAGAGACAGAGAGAGACUAUCUCUGAUGGAAUCAACCCAGAAGAUCGAAUUUUCCAUUCGAGGCGAACACCAGAAUCAGCAUUGAUCGAUGUCUCCUCCAAUCACAAACAACAACAACAACAACAACAACAACAACCCAAACAAACCUCAUCAUCUUCAUCAUUUCCAGAAGCCCACAUCACUCCCUGAUUUCUUCUUCACAGCUCUCUCCCUUCUCUUCCUCUUCUCGUCCUCAAAACCUCAACACCAUCUUCUCUUCCCUAAAAUCCCUCCUUUCUCUUUCCCUUCGAACCCUCGUCGUCUCUUUCUCAAGAACCCAAUUAUGUCCCAAUACAAACGUACCAUCCCUAAUCAUUUCUCCACCCCGCAAUCCCUCUCAGAUUGGCUCAAACCUCGAUUGCCUUCCGAUUCUUUUGCCUCUUGGGGUGUCAAGCCAGGCACCAAGAACGUACACAACCUCUGGCUUGAAAUCGCUGAAGGUGAGACCUCGCUUGUCGACUCGAGCCCUCCUCUCCGUACUGUUCAUGUCGUCACCGUCAGAGUCAUCGAUGGCCAUGGAAGUGUUCUUAUUGAGUCGCACCAGGAGCUAUCCGACGGCAGCCUUCGAGAACGAUGUAGGCCUUUGUCGGAAAAGAUGAAACCUGGAGAGAGUGUUGAAGAUGCUGUGAAAAGGGCUGUUAGGGAAGAGCUUGGAUCGAUAAUUCAAAAAAGUUCAGAUGAUGGGCUUGUGAGGAUUGUGCCUGGUUCGUAUCUGAUGAAGGAAGAAGAGAGGGUAUCGGCUUCCUAUCCAGGUUUGCCUGCUUUUUAUGUGUUGCAUUCAGUGGAUGCUUGGGUGGAUGGGUUGCCUGGAGGAGAAUUUUGUACAGAAGAGGUUGGGGAGUACAGGGAUUGCAGCGAAGCAGAGAUGGUGGCUGAUAAGGCAGUCUUUGUGAAAAGGCAUUUUUGGAAGUGGGUUGCUUCUGAUUCUGUUUAAUUGAUCCUUUUUCAUCCAGGGAUGGUGAGUUUGUGCUGCCCUAUACCUACAGAUUUGCCUUUUUACUUUUGCUUCUUUUUUUCAUAUGCCAUACUAUUCUUUCUAGGUUUGUCACAGUGCAUGGAUGCUUGUUCUCAUCCCAUAUGCUUACUAAUGUAAUGAAAUUCGGAGGCUAUUGAA